UCAAUGCAAAAGAGAACUCCACAUGGGCGCUCAUCCAGGAAUUUCUGUUUCAGAGUAGCGCGUGGCUAGCUGGGCUUCCGAAAACAGACACAGCUAGUGGUCUGCCCGACUGAAUCCGUUUCUGUUUCUCGAGACACUGAAUGAGGCUAGGCCACAGACCUAGGCACAGAUUCAAGUCAUGCUCCCUGUCCAUCAGGAGAUAUGCGGUCAGUUGUUGCUGCCACUUUUUUUUAAGUUGACCAAAGUGCCUCAGCGGAAAACUUUGUGAAAAGUCAACCAGUUGCAUGUUCAAAUCAUAUUGUGGUAAUCUUUGCAUCAACCGAGGUGACAGCCGGCUGAAGGCUGUGAGGACCAGGUUGCGACUUGUUUUAGCUAGUUGAAAAGCGCAGUGUUGAUACGUAAAGUCUGUUGAUUUGGUUGUAGUCGGCUUACGGCCGCAGAAUAGCUACUGGGAUCGGAAGCAUCUCCUAGCAUUUUCUGUGAGGUUUUUCAGCGACCUGUGGUACGUCUGCGCGUCCACAUACGCAAGAUGACGCUCAAGAUCCGUAUGAUUUGUCUCGCCGCCGUCGGGGUGCUGAUUGGGGGAGUCGCAAUAACAACAGUUUUCAAGCCAGUAAGCCCGGAGUGUACCGUGCAUUCUUUCAGCAUAGGCCUUAUAUCUGCCGACGCACUUCGGAUAAGGGCUUCACACUCAAGUUCCAAAGGUGAAGAAGGUGACGGGGAAAAGCACAAAGACAAGAGCUCUGAAGAAGGCGCAGGCGACCGUGACAGGGAGGAGGAAAGAGAUGGAGAAGGAGAAGGAAGUGAAAAAGGACCUCAGCCUUCCCCGUCAGGGAAGCCGCUGCAGCGGCGGGACGCUGGUUAUUGGAAAAAAAACUCGGAUAGUGGCAAGCAUGAACGUGUGAAAGGUCGAAAAAGAAAGUAGAAAGUCAGCACAAGAGCCGGCGAAGCAAGGGGGCCUCCGAAAAAGAAACCAAGUUGCGGUGUUAGGUGACACAGACUGCUCUCACCAAUCAGGGGUUAUGUGGAAGUGAAAGGGGAGUACGAAGAAGCGAACAGGGCCGAUUGGAAGUCUUCUCCGUGACUGUGAUUCGUUCGACUCGCUUUCGUAGUGUUUCCACCACGAUAUUUUGUGAACUUGCCCGCCCAAGGAGACAUCCAUCCCACUCGGGCUGUAGACGCGGAUGUGCUGGUGUGCAUCAUUCCACGCUGGUUUCAACUAAACCCAAGAUCCACAGGCCCAUUGUUCGCUCACAAGGGACGAUUCAUGAUCUGUUUUCUUAGGACUAGUUUUCGAUAGCGGGAAGGCGCACAGUGUAACCCGUUACUUACUGGCACCGAAAGAAGUAGGAUUUGUCCCUUUAAUUGUUUUUCUUGUCUUUGUUGGGUCUGUGUGAUCCCGUCUGCGUUCGCUUUCAACAUGAGACGUCUCUUUCACUAUGAAAGGCUGCGUCCCUCCAGGUUACGUGUUGACUCCUGCGCGAAACCUGAAUCUGUGGAUUGAUACAAUCAAUAGCCUGAACUGUCAACAGCCCGGAUGUUCCAUCGAAUGUUGCUGUUACGAAUAUAGCAACGGAACUCAGAAAUGCAACUGACACAUCUAACCACAUGCAUGCCCU